GGUGAACCGGUUUUCGCGAAUUUUAAGAACUGUGCAAUUUCGUAACAGUGACUAUUAUCUGCAAGAGGGCGCUUUCUAGCAUAUGGUGAUAAAUUGUGCCGAAAUUGGUCGGAAUUCAAGAGCUAUCCCAUUGAACACUAUUUGCAAGCCCAACCUGUCACAAUAACAAUGGCUGGUGUGGACCAGCUGAAGAAGAAUGUAGAUCAAUAUUAUGACGAAAUGAAAUAUGAUCAGAUUGCUGAACAGUUGGAGCCAUACAAGGGCGGCGACGACAUCGGACUACUGUGGCGACUGGCGCGGGCCAACUACGAGCGCCAGAAGACGCUGGGCUCGGACGCUGCCCAGCUCCGGCUGCUGCAGGACACGCUGGCCACCGUGCAGCGAGCGCUGGCGCUGGACGCCACUGACCCCAACUGCCACAAGUGGAUGGCCAUCUAUCUGAACGCCAUCACCAAGCUGCAGGGCUCCAAGGCACAAAUUGACGCAGCCACCACCAUCAGGGAGCACAUGCUGAAGGCGUGCGAGUACGGUCCGGACGACGCCACGAACUGGCACCUGAUCGCCAUGUGGGAGUACAGCGUGGCCGACAUAUCGUGGGUGAUGCGCAAACUGGCCACGGUGGUGUACGGCGAGCCGCCCAGGGCCACCUUCCAGCAGGCGCUCGACAACUUCCUGAAGGCGGAUCAGCUGUCGGACGGUUUCAGACAGCUGAGUGCAGGGCGGGGUCUCGCCUGGCCAAUCAAGAGUCGCAAUCUCAUGAUGAUCGGCAAGUGUUACCAAAAACUGAAAGACAAGGAAAACGCAAUAAAGUACCUGAAGAUGGUUCGAGCCCUUGAAGCGAAGACCGCGGACGAUGAAGAGUCGAAGGAAGAAGCCAUUAGCAUGUUGAAGCAGAUGGGUAUAACCGACUGAAGAUUCGGAUGCAGAGCGACGAAAUCUGCAAGUGCCACAGCUUCACAUGUCCGAUGGCAGUAAAGCCGGAGCUGCAUAUCAGGAUAGUAAACUGGACUGAUCCGUCCAGUCCGGACAAUAUCAUUUUGGCCGUAUUCUGGUGGCGUGGGCGUGAGCGUGUGAGUGUGAGUGUGAGGAACCGUUGGACAGUGACAUUAGUAAUGAAUACCUCGUGGGGGGCCUCAUGCGGAUACAACGCUUUAAGCUGUACUCUUAAUCCACCGCAUAUUCAUCGCGCUUUGGGGACGUGGGGAAAUUUAUGCGAGUGAAGCGCUUUAAGCUGCGCUCUUAAUCCACCACAUAUUCAUUGUGCCGUGGGGACGUGGGGAACUUUAUGCGGGUGAAGCGCUUUAAGCUGCGCUCUUAAUCCACCACAUAUUCGUUGUGCUUUGGGGACGUGGGGAACUAUGCGGGUGAAACGCUUUAAGCUGCGCUCUUAAUCCACUACAUAUUCAUUGUGCUUUGGGGACGUGGGGAACUAUGCGGGUGAAACGCUUUAAGCUGUACUCUAUCCACUACAUAUUCAUCGUGACUUGGGGACGUGGGGAACUAUGCGGGUGAAACGCUUUAAGCUGCGCUCUUAAUCCACUACAUAUUCAUUGUGCUUUGGGGACGUGGGGAACUAUGCGGGUGAAACGCUUUAAGCUGUACUCUAUCCACUACAUAUUCAUUGUGCUUUGGGGACGUGGGGAACUAUGCGGGUGAAACGCUUUAAGCUGUACUCUAUCCACUACAUAUUCAUCGUGACUUGGGGACGUGGGGAGCUUCACGCCGGGCUGUUGCAUCACGGACAGGAUAGCGUGGAACAGGGCCGAUCGCUUACACUCUUCACGUAUAUCGUGUGAAACCAUCACUGCCUAAGUGGUACGAUCCCGACUUAUGCUGCAAUUUUUAGAUGACCCUGUUUUCGACAUUUUUAUAACAGACGCCCGAUCAGUCAUUGUUCGUAGGGUCGGAGUUGCGCUGCGUACAGCUAGCUGUUGUACACAAUGGCGAUGGUUGGGUUUUCUUUGAGCCGAUCCAUUAUCAGACGAAGCGCUUCAACUGAUCACCGAGCGGUCUGUGUCCAACAGUGAUCAUGUUAUCGGUUGGUGAUCGUAACUUUGUAGCUCGUUUUUGCAAGACAAGGAUAGGCUUUCCAAUCCACAGCGUAACCAUUAGCGUGUAAUCUGGGGCGUUCUGACUCGUCUGUGGCUUGGGGACUGCAUUGUUUUGUUGUGUAUGGUUGUGAGUAGACGUAUUUUUGUGAUCUCCGCAUGUCUACACAAAGGCCGUUCCCGCUUUAUGUCCGCAAAAUUCAAUACAGCUUAUGAAUCCCAUCUAAACUUUGCUGAAGUUAACCGCACAGUCCGGGUGAAAUGCAGCAGCAUGCAGGAGUUUUCAUUGAGCUCUACGGACAACUGUUCGAGCCGAGCGUAGCUAUUUCGAGAUCUGGGGUUUUGGCGGCUUUUAAACACCAGAUCGAUUUGGUGGUUGGGUUUCACGCAAAGGUGGUGUAACGAAACUCGUGUUUCGUCGACGGGUCGAGCAUAUCGCAUGCAACUAUCCUGAUCGGUUCGGUAAUCAAGGCUAUCAGCGCUGUGCCGAAAUAGAUUGCUACUCCCGGUUCCCAUGUCACCAACCAGCCAAGUUUUUUCUAUCCUGAUUUCUGUGUUUUUGAUGUUUUUGUAGAGUGGAUCGAUCCGCGCAUUCUGAUGUUUACUUUGGUAUUUUUGUGGAACGGAUCGAAUCGCCACCCCUCGAGGCCACGCCCCGGAUCUGGGAUUCCGCGAUUGCCCUGGCGGUGAAUUUAAGAGAUUUAUGGUCAUUGUUAUGCAACGGGCCGUUCACUGUGUCCGGGAAAUAAAGUUGACAAUUUGCA